AUGAGGCACUUUGGAAACACCAUCCGGGACUCGGGACCGGCAAGGUUUACGACUGCACUGCUUACUGCGCUCCUGAUCACCAGCGCUACCUUCAUUCCAUUCCUCACACAGGGCGCAGUCGCAAACCCAGUCCCUGUACCGAGUCCUCAGCCAAAUCCUGAUCCUAAUCCUAAUCCUCAGGACCCUCAAGCUGGCAGUCCCACAACUGAUGGCUACUAUCCCGACCCAGAGCCAUGUCGCGGCAACUGCUCUUGGAUUCAUGAUCCUAGUGUUAUAUAUGAGAACAAUAAGUACUGGCGUUUCUCGACUAGCGGCAACAUUGCCGUUGCCAGUGCGCCAUCCCUGGGAGGGCCAUGGGAAUAUGAAGGCGCGUUGUUACAAAACGGUACCAGCAUCCAGGUCCAUCCGGAUCAAGACAUCUGGGCACCUUCAGUAAUGAAGCGAGGCGAUACCUUCUACUGCCACUACUCCGUCUCCCGAAUCGGUCUCCAAAACUCCUCCAUCGGCGUCGCAACAUCGCAGUCCCUCGAGCCCGGUAGCUGGCAAGACCACGGCGACAUCGGCCUCCCCCUAUCCGACAAGUACAACCUCAUCGACCCUUUUGUGUUUCAAGAGACACCCAAGGACCCCAUCUACUUCACCUUCGGCUCCUUCUGGGACGACAUCUUCCAGGUCGAGCUUUUCCCACACGACGACCUCAUGGCUUUUGGCGGAUGGGCUGAGCAAAAUAAUCGUAUCAAUAACAUGGUGCGGAAUAGUACUUACGGGGCUACUGUCGCUGAGGGUGCUAUCAUGUGGAAAGAAAAGGACUUUUACUACAUGUUCUACAGCGUGGGAGGUCUUGCUCCUGAGGGUCAGGUAUACCACGUUGUUGUAUGCCGCUCGGAAGUUCCUACUGGGCCUUUCUAUGAUCAGGAAGGAAAGAGCUGUCUUGAGGAGAAUGGUGGUACGACUAUCCUUGCUAGCCACGGCGAUAUCUAUGCGCCUGGUGGACAGGGCGUUAUGGUCAACCCUGAGAAUGGGAGGACAGUGUUGUACUAUCACUAUGUUCGUCCGAGUGUCGGCUAUGCAGCUGAUCAGUUCUUCUUUGGAUACAACUAUCUUGAUUGGGAAGACGGCUGGCCGGUCGUUGUUGUUGCUUGA